ACCGUUGGCUUUCUGAAUAGGCUACUCUAAGCAUGGCCAGGUUUGUUUCUUCGUUUCCAUUAGGUUUUUUUUUUGACGAAGCAGUCUGUGUCAGCUGAUUGAAAUGGCGUAUCGAAGAAGAUUGUUCAACCAGGCAUUCAGUGCAUGGUUUUUUUUUGUUGACGAAGUAGUCUGUGUCAGCUGAUUGAAAUGGCGUAUCGAAGAAGAUUGUUCAACCAGGCAUUCAGUGCAUGGAAUAAAGCAUCUCCAAAUGGCUUUUUUAAAAAUGUAUCUACCACAUCAAAUGUGCGGUCAAAAGAAUAUGCUUUUGAGAUGGCGUGUUCUAGUGUACGAUAUGGUGCUGGUUGUACAACAGAAGUUGGCUUAGAUUGUCAGAAUUUUAGAGCCAAGAAAGUUUGUGUAAUGACCGACAGUAACUUAGUCAAACUUCCACCAGUUAAAACAGUUCUUGACUCGUUAGAUCGAGCGAAUGUACCAUAUGAAAUAUAUGAUAGAGUUAGAGUAGAACCCACUAAUGUCAGUUUUAAUGAUGCAAUAGAUUUUGCGAAGAAAGGUGAUUUUGAUGUGUUUGUUGCCGUCGGUGGUGGGUCUGUUAUUGAUACUUGUAAAGCUGCUAAUCUUUAUUCAACCAAUCCUAAGGCAGAGCUCUUAGAUUAUGUUAAUGCACCAGUUGGGAAGGGUCUACCUGUCACUCACGACUUAAAGCCACUCAUAGCAGUAGCUACUACAGCAGGAACAGGAAGUGAAACAACAGGCAUAGCUGUCCUUGAUUACCUCCCUUUGAAAUGUAAAGCAGGUAUUGGUAGUAGAGCUAUCCGUCCUACACUAGGUAUAGUUGAUCCAUUACAUCUAAAAUACAUGCCAGAACGUGUGGCAGCCUAUAGCGGUAUAGAUGUAUUAUGUCAUGCAUUAGAAUCAUAUACAGCCUUACCUUACAAUGAACGAUCUCCAUGUCCUGAGAAUCCAAACCUACGUCCAGCCUUCCAGGGUAGUAAUCCUGUGAGUGAUAUCUGGUGUGAACAUGCCUUAAGGAUUACCAGUAAAUAUAUAAAACGUGCUGUAUAUGAUAAUGAUGAUAUGGAAGCCAGGUCAGCCAUGCAUCACGCUAGUUCAUACGCUGGUAUUGGAUUUGGUAAUUCUGGAUGUCAUGCUUGUCAUGGUUUGGCAUAUUCUAUAUCUGGUCUAGUUAAAGAUUAUAAAGCUAAAGGUUAUUCAGAUGAACAUCCUUUAAUACCCCAUGGAUUAACUGUAACUAUAACAGCACCAGCUCUCUUUGAUUGGACUGGUGUAGCUUGUCCAGAACGUCAUAUCAGAGCCGCAGAAAUGCUUGGUCGUGACGUGACCAAUGUAAAACGAGAUGAUGCUGGUAAAGUAUUAUCAGAGACUGUUCUCAACAUCAUGAAUGAAAUAGGUGUACCUAAUGGACUGGGUAGUCUGGGCUACACUAGUCAAGAUGUACCAGACUUAGUUAAAGGUGCCAUACCACAACAACGUGUAUUAAAGCUAACACCAAGGAAGAUUGAAGCCGAUCAUAUGGCUGAAAUAUAUGAAAAAUCAAUGAGCAUUUAUUAAAUAUUGGUAUAAUAUUAUACAGUUUUAUAAUCAACACAAAUUUGGCCAUAAAAAAAAUUCAGACAAUCCCUACCAAAAAUCAGAUGCUGGAGGGACAUGUUAAUUUUAUGUUUUUAUUUUGUCAAAGAAUCACUACUUGGCUAAAUGACUUCUAUGCACAUCAAAUUGUUAUAGGAAUGUAUGAUUAUCCAGUAUCAUUUUUGAUUGUAAUUAACAUUUAUUAGGAUUGUGUACUUGAUAAAUGAGUCUGGUAGUUCUCGCUAUAAUAGUUAAAAACUAGAUAAUGUAAAGGCAAUUUGCUGAAAAUUUCAGUCAAAUUGAUCCACUAUGAACCGAGAAUUAAGCAAUUGAAAUUUCAACCUAGCCUCGAUCAUCAUCACUAAAGUCUGUACAAUAAAAAAAAAUCUUGAUUAUCCAUUUCAUGAUUAAAUCAGAAGCAGCAGAUUGGGGUGUAAUCCAGUAAAUAUCGCAGACUAGCGAUGCCAUCAAGAGUUGAUUAUGGUCUGGAUAAGUUAAUUAAUGUCUAAUUAAUAAUUUAGAUAACAUUUCAGGCCUAAAGAAAGACCUGCAAUUGGCAGAUUUAGCUCUUGCAUAAUGUAUGUUUAAAACUAAUGUUUUUAUUUUCUGUGUAUUCAGUUGGCCCAUUAACAUCCAAAGAUAUUUUUAAGAAAAGCACCUUUGACCUUUAAUAGACAAUGAAUCUGGUGAUGAAAUAUUUGAACCAAUUUGAAAUAUAUGUUAUGUGAUUUUUAUAUAUAAAAAUAGAGAGAGAGGAAGAUGGGAUCAAUUCCAAUUGAUUUCCAAUGACCAGACUUAUGAUCUAAAGUCAUAACUGUAAGGGAGGUUACCUUUAGCUGAAUGGUUUAAAGUGGUGCACUACAAAUGUGUUAGUUGUGCAAUCUGUUACUGUUCAUUCAGUUCUGUAGAUUGUACAUGAUUACAAAGCAUAGAGUCGUCUGUUUAACCUCAUACAAGGUGCUAUGACUUGCCUCUACUGUCAAUAAAUAACAUACAUUCAAUCAAACUAUUCUCGCUCUUUCUCUCUCUUUCAAGAAAAUGUAUUUCUGAAUAAUAUUGUUAUUGUUACUUGAUUCAUAAAGAACUUUUGAUAACUUUUUAAUGAACUAUUUUUUAAAUGAAAAUUGCUAUGUAUUAUUUUAUAACACUGUAAAUUGAUACUGUUCACUUUUGAAGAAUAACUAUUACUGACAAGAUCUAAGAUUUCAUUUGAUAUGCACAAAGGUUUAAUAGUCCGUAAUCAGACAAUAGUUGUAGGUGUUAUGGUGUUAAAACCGUGACUGUUAAAUUACGUACAUCACUGUUUGUUCCAUUUGCGUAUUCAAUAGUGAUGAAUAUCAGAAUUAAUUACUCUUUCACACUAUUAAUGACAUGUUUUACAGCUAGUUACACACCAAAUAAUGAAUGGUUACUGUAUAAUUUCUAACCACUUUCUGUUGAUACUAUUGUCUAUGAUAUCACCCAUGGGGAAAGUGGACGUAAAACUUGAGGAACGAACGAAUGUUGAUACUAAACUCAAGUUUAAAGAGAUGAUGACUUGUAUAAAUUUGAAGAAGUAAAGUUCUGAUUAGAACACAGAUCAUAUUUCCAUUACAUUUUUUAUUGUUCAGCUUUUGUUUUAUUUGUCUUUAACAGUAGGAUCUAGAAGAGUUUAUAAAUGCAAUGUGUUUAGUUUGAUAUAGGGGAUUAGCCAAUGAAAAGAUCUGUUUGGUCCAGUGAUAUGCAGAUUUUCAUAGAAUUAUGGGAGCAGGUAUGACUCAGUAGGUAACAAAACCGUUAAAUCAUUCAGGGACACUUGACAUGACCUCCCUCUCAAAUGAGUCAUAUCUGUGUGAGGAGGGGUGGGUGGGCAAAUGGUUAAACCUAUGCCCUUUAAAUCAGAAGGUUUGUCAUUGAGUAAGCUGUUGUUUGCCCGCUUGUACGUGACAAGGAAUAGAGCCGACUUUUCCAACUUUGUGGGUUUUGUUUGGACCCCCCAACUGCUGAAGACACUACCGCACUAGCGAUUUUAUUGAAAUGAAAUUGAACUAUAUCUGUGUGGUGUUUAGGUUAUCAAAACCAUAAGAUAAAGAAAUUUAGAUCUAUUUUUCAAUUCUCUUGAAGUGAACAGUAUGAGAUUUACAGUGGGAGUAUAUUAUAUACUUUAAAGACAACUAUAUAUUAUAUUGUUAAUUAUCUACAAUAAUUGUUACAUAAAGUUUUAUACAUAAAAGUUGAUU